AUGCCCAAGCAUUCUCCAAGAUGGUGGUCGUAUUCAAAGCAGAAAGUGAGCACCAGGGUAAGACAGAUCGUUAGGGAGGAACAAAUUUCCAGCCGAUGCACAAUAAAACAGAAGUAUGGGGUAAUAGUCCCGAAUCUACGGUACUAUGGAUCUCAACAUCUGCCAGUUGACCUCCGUUUUAGAAAGGAGAUUAAUGCACUACCCCUCAGACCGUUUGGUCCAAGGGGAUCGAGCCCUUGCGGCUGA